AUGUACCUCCAUCCAAAAGAGGUUGGGAUUUACAUAAAUCCAACAGCACGAUUUGCCCUUGAAGGAAAAUGCCCUGUAUCAUGCAAGGCUCUCAACUACCAUUGGACUCUGCGUAUGGUGAAUUGCUCAGGGGAUCGAUGCGUAGCCAACAAAGAUCCUGUAAAUGAUCCCAAACUGUUCCCCGUCGGUACUGACCUGAAGGAGAUAUCCCUGUCUUAUGACAUAUUUACGCAACUUAAGGAGAAUGGAAUGAACAGAUUUCGACUCAGGCUGGAGUCAACCGAUCCAGUCACUAACGUGUCAGCACUGGCCGAAGACUACCUCAUUUUGAACGAACCCCCAAUACCAGGAUCAUGUGUGGCAGAUCCUCCCAGUGGAUCCACUCUAAAAGCAUCAAUUGAUGGCAUUAAAAUAACCUGCUCUGAUUGGUAUGACAAAGAGACUGACAUUGGAGAAUACAACUACUACUGUGAGUUCCUGUAA